AUGCAGUAUAUACUGCCGCCGAUCGCCACGUGGUGUGUCGGUCAGGCCUGCUCUAUGGCCAGCCUAUUGCUGGCCGCCGGAGAGCCCGGUAUGAGACACUCGCUGCCCAACUCUCGCAUUAUGAUCCAUCAGCCCUCGGGUCAGGCCUCAGGACAGGCCACCGAUAUUCGCAUUCACGCCGAAGAGAUUCUGUUACUCAAGAAUCGGAUCAAUGGCUUAUACGCCAAACACACGAAACAACCUCUCGCUAAGAUCGAGGACAGUAUGGAAAGGGAUCGCUUCAUGAGUCCGGAUGAGGCCAAAGAGUGGGGUUUCAUUGAUAUCGUUCUCGAAAAGCCACCGCUUAUUAAUGAACCCAAAGAUAAUGAUAACUAA